GUCAAACACUUGUUAUGACGCCGCCUUCCCUAAAUAACGAUGAUCCCACCCCAAAUCCGUUAUCAUCUGAGGGUCCAUCCGACCUAUCGACUCCACCACUAGCUCCUACGGUGGUAGCAUCAGGGAUCGAAUGGACGAUCGGCAAAGUUUUCUGGACUCUUGGUGUCUUCAUCUUCGCUGGACUCGCAGAAAUCGGAGGUGGCUGGCUUGUAUGGCAAGCCGUCCGGAACAGAAGGCCCUGGUACUAUUUUGUUGCAGGUGCCAUCGUGCUCGUCGCAUAUGGUCUCAUCCCUACUCUCCAACCUGAGGGUGCCAGCUUCGCACGUGUGUACGCCGUAUACGGCGGCAUCUUCAUUGCCAUGAGCUACGGCUGGGGCUGGGCUGUUGACGGCGACCGACCAGAUCGAGGCGACUGGAUUGGGAGCGCCAUUGCCUUGGCGGGUGUGGCUGUCGCCUGGUUUUGGCCGCGUGGGUGAGAAGAGGAAUGUACGGCAAGCAUUGGAUCCAGACUUGGAACCAGGCAACAGUAGCGAAGGGCAGCGCAUCGGGUCUUGGAAGCCCCCGUUGCUGCCGCCCUGCCAACGAAAAGCAAACAGUGGAACAGCCAUCCGUACAGACAGCCGUUGGAGGUAACCAACGGCAACGGUACUUCAACAGCUAGCUGCAGGCGCGAAGUCCAUGACACAGCAACGGGCCGUUCUUGCCUUCAGCUGCCCCCGAGACUGAUUGACUACUUGGCGCACCCUGCUGAGCGCAGCAUGCUUACCUGCAACAGGCCAUCCACGCCAGGCACCACUACCUGCCAGCCCCGACGGCCCUGUCAAACACGAGUGCUCUUGCAAAGGAGAAAUCAUCGCCUGCCUGGUCCUCCACGCCAACGCCAUGCAGACCGCGGCCCCUCGUACGGCACAUGAAGCGGCAUCAGCAACAAAGCAAUCCUGUCGUACGAUUCAUCGCCAAAGCAGGGUGCCAUCGCCAACCCAGCAACAUACCAGCCAGACCAGAAGCAGCAAAGCAAACGAGGAGCCCGCCAGGGAUAGG